AAAGUUCCACUUGCCAUGCACAUCUGUCAGGACACGAGCAAAAUGCAAUCCGGUAAUCCACGGGACUGAAGUCCUCGAGAACUGCCCUGUGGCUCACCAGCAGCAGAGGGUUCAAAACUUAGAACAACACCAGAACGGCGGCAGCAUCACUACCUCUACACGACGGGGCCAAGGAAGUAAAGAAAGCCGGUUCCAAGUUUAGGACAUUGCACCUUGGACUUCAAAGGAUUCUGGCUUGGAAACUGCCUGGAUGGACUAGUAAGACUGCCUUUUGUUCCUGUUUUGAAUACAAUUCUCUGAAAAUUGUGAGGGUUGCAGAUGGGAGAUGACUACAGGCUGACAUCAUGGGAUGUACACCUUCCCACAGUGAUAUUGUUAACAGCGUUGCUAAGAGUGGCAUCCAGUUUUUUAAAAAGCCCAAAGCAACUCUGCCAGGAUGUCAGGGGCCCAGCGAAAGAUGCUCCAUCCCUUUGCUGGUUCAAAACUCCACCUGCUAUGACUCUGGAGGGGGCUCGUCCCAGGGACAGAGGCCAGAAGAGCAGCAAAGUCCCAGGUGGAUCCAAUCCGUGGCUGAAAGUCUUUGUCAGCUCACCAGAGAUCCCACUUCGGGCAAAAGGAAAGAUAUGGAAGGACUGAUCCCAGAAACCAAAACCUCCCCAUCCCAGCUGAACAAAGCACAGAGCUACGUGGCUACAGACGUUCCACUCAAGAGACAGAGUUCCCAUGGAUCACAAGGGGCGGCCUUUUCUGGGGAAGAGAGUGAGGAAAGCAAUACCCGGGAGACUUCCAAAUGGGGAAAGAGGCCAAAAUGUCACAGGUCGAGCAAACAGGGCCAUGACUGCCAAACCAUCCUUCCUGCCCACGAGUCUGAAGACAAAGUAGACUUCCCUGAGCCCCUGGUGAAGGCCCACCAGCGUGCUUACACCUAUCUGCACACCUGCCUCUCCAAAUACGAAGCAGUUAUGAGCAUCACCCAUUGCGCCACGCAGACCCAGGAGCUGCUGCAGCCCAUGGUCGGCUUCCUGUUGCUGUGUUUUGAUGAGGUCAACCAGCUCUUAGGGGAAAUCUCCAAGGAUGGAGAAGAGCUCCUCCAGGAAGUUAAGGAGGAUCUGGCUUGGCCUUUGAAGAAAAGAGAGCCCCAGGAGCAGCCAGAUCUCUUGCAGCAGCUUCUGCAGUACACAGUUAGCAAGCUGCAGGCGCUCAGCGGCACAGUGGCCUCGCUCUCUGACAGCCUCCUGGAGGGCUCCGGCCGCUACUUCCACGGCGCCGCGGGCCACCUGGGAAACAAGCUGUGCAAGAAGAAGGGUGCGGAUGAGCACCUCCUCAGGGUUCUGGGGCACCUGGAGAGCUUAGCGAGUGGCCACGGUGACCCUGAAGUGCAGGGCCUACCCUUGUGCUCUGAGGACAGUGGCAUCGGUGCUGACAAUGAGUGUGUGCAGCUGGCAGACAAACUGGGCAAGCGAGCCAGCUGGGACUUCGUGCUGGAGCCUGCAGAGUGGAGGCCAGCGAUUCCACCCACAGUGGAGGCCAAGCUGUCCAGACAUACCUGGCAGCAAAGCCCAUUCUGGAUGGGUUCAGCCAGACCCCAGGACUGCCCGCUCUCCAGGCCCCUUACAGCAAAGGUUCAGCCAGCAGUGCAGGGUGGAUCGGGGAGCCCCUGGCCCUCCAGCACAGGCCCAGAAAAUACUGCCUCCAGGCCUUGGGGGCUGGGCCAAAGCGCUCCGUGUGAUUCCCCUGGGAUCAGGAUCUCCAGGGAAGCACACUUUCCUAAAGGCUCCAGGUUGAUGGACACUCCGCCCCUCAGUGAAUGUGAGGACAGCAGCCCAGAGGCGGAGGAAGACAAAGAGAGCUGCCUGAGUCCGCGUGCGGGGCAGGGAAGCGCUUCCCAUGCAAGGCCUCGGUCUUCACCUGCCGGUGGUGCCGAAAGCCUAUUUCAGCCACACCCCCGGAGGCUUAGGAGCCCCCAGGACGAGGAAAUGAUUCUGAAGAUGAAGGAAGCAAUCAGUGAAAGGAUCAAGUUUGUCCCCCUGCCCUCUGAGCACCAGGAAUGGAUCGAGGAAGAGGAGAGAACCAUGGUGGCCCCAAGACCGAACACGGCCAGUGACAGCAGGAAGGCCCCCUCAAGGCAGAGGAGGUCCCAAUCUGAGGGCUGUCUGAAGAGCCACGUGGAGGACCCCACGCUCCAGGAGCUGUGGAGGGUCCAGAGAGACCUCAGCCAGAGGCUGGAGGCGCUUUGCACCCGGGACACCCGACGGCAGGGGCACAGCCAGAAGCAGGUUCUGCAGCCCAGGGCAACAGCGCUGAGGCCUGACCACUACUGCAAGGUCACCCCAAGCAGCACCAUCAGCAAGUUGAAGGCGUCCCUCACCAAGAACUUCAGCAUUUUGCCAAGUCAGAGCACCUUGCAGAAAUGCUGUCCCCACCCUGAGGGAGAACAGCCCUGGCAGGGAAAAGCUGAGGGGCUUCCAAACGUCAUGCCAUCAGGUGAGAGGGCCAGUGAGGCUCCCAGGGCCCGGGACUGGAACAUCAAGAGCUGUCCUACCAGAACAUCGGUCAAGAAACUCAUUGAAACUUUCAGUCCCACCGAGGGUCUAAGGACACUGGGGGAUUCCAAGGACUCUGGGCCGAGCCCCUGCCCCAGGAAGUGGGGGGUCCCCACCAUGCCUCCCAGAUUCCCCAUUUACAGGGGACUUGCCCCUUUGUAUCCAAAGCCUCGAAUUUCUCCAGCAGCAGGUGGAGAAUCUCUCAGGAUAGGCCCAGGCUGGAGGCCCUUUGCUCCCACCUUUCCCCCUCUGCUCACAGCAGAAGCGUCCAAGAGUGAGGACCUCAACUGUGAAACAGAGGAGAACCCAGAGCAUCUCCCUCCACCGCCUCUGGAAAUCCUGAUGGACAAAUCAUUCACUUCCCUGGAGCCCCCAGAAAACAGCGAUCUAGCAGAGAGCUCCCUUGAAGGGACCCACGUGCCAGGGCUGGGAGGGGCCGGCCCCGCCCGGAGAACGUGGGCUUCCCCAAAGCUAAGAGCCGCCAUGAGCCCCUCUGACCUGCUGCCCAGCAAAAGCACGGCCACCCUCGCCAGGGCCCGCAGCACAGAACCAGGGAGAAGCAAGAGCGGCUGCAAUCCCGGAAAGCUCGCCUUGGACCUCAGUCACCCACCAGCAGCCAGCGGGAACCCAGAGGUGCAGGGCAGCAGGGCUCAGAGUCAGGCACGAGCGGACAGGGCCACAGGCCUCUCCAAGCAUCCCCGGAAGGUCAUCCACUGGCGCCACUCCAGCCACACAUCCGGGCAGGACAGGACCUCGGAGCCCAACCUGGCCAGGCCAAUGCGAGGGCCACAUUCUCCCGAGGCCCCAAGGCAGAACCAAGACAGAAGCCCCGUGCUGGUCAGGAAGGCCUCUCCCACGAGGGCACACUGGACACCCAGAGUGGACAAGAGGCACCCAAGCGUGCCCUCCACUCACAGACCUGCCCAGCCAAGUGUGCCCUGUGUGCACAGGUCCCCCAGCCCACCGCUCAGCCCUCCAGCGAGCCCCAGGAUGCUAAGCCCCCCAACAGUGAAGAAACGAGCCUCCCCUCCCCCCCAGCACAAACUGUCCACCCCUCCCUCGGCAAGCCCACCGGCUCGGCACAAGGUCUCCAGCCCCCCUGCCCAGUGCACAGAAGCCAGUUCCCCUGCCUCUGGCCCCUCCCCAUCUCCCCCAGCAUCUCCCAGUCAGGGGCCCAAGGAAACAAGAGAUUCUGAAGACAGUCGGGCAGCCAUGGCCAAAGCAUCUGGGAACACAUGUUCCAUCUUCUGUCCAGCCACCUCCUCUCUGUUUGAAGCUAAGUCACCAUUCUCAACAGUACCCCAACUCACCCCACCAUCGCUGCCACCUGAAGCUGGAGGUCCUUGUGGGACCCCGACAGGAUGCUGGAGGAGCAGCUCAGGGCCACGACUGAGGGCGGACUCACAGCGAGGGACAGCCCUGUGUGCCCUCAACCCUCAGCCUUUCAUCAGAAGGACAGCUUCUGACUGCCAGCCGGGCAUCCGCCUUCACCUGCCUGUCCCGGGCACCACCAGCGACGCUUGUGAAUCCCAGCUUGGCCAGAGCAGCAGCGAGGAGAGCCCCAAGGACACAGAGCCAUGGAACAGUCCCUGUGCCCCAGAACUGAAGGGCGGCAGCAGGGGUGCACCGCCCCCAGAGCUCUGCGUGCUGGGCCACGGGCUGCAGCGGGAGGCCAGCGCCAGCCAUGCCCAGGACAAGCGCCAGCAGAAGGAAGUGGCCUGAUGGGCUGGCUGACUGAGUCACACUGAUGUCAGUCACCCCAGAAGGCAAGGGUGAUAGCCAAGCGUCAGACAACCCCAGAGAGGGUGGGCCAACCAAACUCCUCCUGAGAGGUAGGAAAGGCCUGGAAAGGGCACUGCCCAGAGGCUCUCCUAAAUUCUAAACAAUCACUGUUUGCAGUCCUAGAUCCUGGUUUGCCUUGGGGUUCAACAACUAACUAUAACUUUGGACCCCACAACGACAUUCUUUAAUCCUUCAAGUGCUGGUCUUAAUUUAGCAGGAAACGAUAUUUACCACGUUCUUCAUGAGCCAGGUGUCCUACUUGGGUUCGCUCUGUGAAACCAUUUAAUUCGUUCAACAAUGAAUGAAGCAGAGAGCAUUCUCCUGGUUUUUGCAGAUGAGAAAACCAAAGUACCUCUCGUCCAUUCACUCCCCCCGCCCCACCCAGUGCCUUGCCUGAGGUUACACAACUAGGAAGAGAACAGAGUAAAACGUGAACAGGUGUGCCUGGCUCUAGAAUCUAUUGUCUUUCAUUCCUUUUUAUUUUUUUGAACAUUUCAUUUCCCUUGACUGUUCCAUUUGCAAGCAUACGUAUGUACUUGUACAGGUGGAAAGCUUCUUCUUUUUUUUUAAGGUUAAAUAGUGGCACAGCUUUUAUGUGCCCAUCAUGAGCUCUGUUUAGAAGCUGACUGCUCCAGAGAUAAGAAGCCUGAGGUGGCAUUAAGACACACAGCUCCACCCACCCUCCUUCCCAAGCUCAGCUCCAAAGCCCUAAAAGCAAAGCUUCCAGCCCAACAGUGCAGCCCUGCUGCCUCUCCAGCUAAGCCUGUCUCAGAGGCGUAUCUCAGAUGCUCUACCCCAUGCACCCACAUGCCUCUCAGACUGAGUGGGUGCAACCGACCCUCGCAAACAAAGCAGCCUAUUCUCUGAAACCCGUGGGGGCUGAAGCUCAGAAGGACGUGUGGGUAAGGCAGGCGCGCGCGCGCGCACACACACACACACACACACACACACACACACACACCCUGGUCUCCCCCAGGGACUUCUCUGCCAACUUUAUUCCCAGGUCAUCGGCAGAACUUCUGCUGGAGUUGAAACUGAAGUGAAGAAGCAUUGUUCAUGCCCAAAACCUGCUUCUACCAAUGAGCUAGAUAUUCGCUGCAGAAUUUGGAAUUUUUCCACUGGAGGCUGUGGAGUGCUUUCUAUUUAGAAAAGAAUUUGCAGUAAUUGGGUGAUUCAAUGCCAGCUCAGUGGGUUGUCAAAAGACGAGAAUUCUCACCCACAGGGUACAGCUAAGGGCCAAUCCUCCACAUCUGCUUCAAAGCUGAUUUUUUAAGUUUGGAAAAAUUAUAGACUUCAAGUCCUUUCUUGUUGAAGUAGAUCAUGACUCAAGAACAUGUUAAACUGGGUCCUGAGGACUAAGCCCCCUCCCCCAGGGAUAGGCCAUGGCUCCAAGUAAGUGAUCCCCACCUUGACUUGUCCAGUUAUUCAGUCAGGGGUGACAGGGACAAUCUCUGCCAAGGCACUCAGGAACAGUUGAUUAAACUACCAAGAGGGACCACAACCCACCCCUCUAUUGGGAAAUGUCUGUACGCCCCCAGUUAGUGUGUACUAAUCCUCAGAGCAGAGCUCAGGCCACAGCAGGGCAGAGCCACACCAAGGGGCUGGAGGCUGGGCCCUGGGAACUGCCUGGGCUGCAGGACACAGGAGGAAAUUCAGCCACCCAGGCCCAGGUGAGUGAGUGAGAACAGCCAACUUCAGGUAACUAGCUGGACUGUCCCCCGGCAUGGUUAGGCCGGCAGCGUGGGUAACGAGGGCUGGGCCCCGUAGGCUGGCUUUCAGGAAGCAAGCAGUGUGGAGCAAUACAGCUCAGAGGUAAGAGAAUUGGUCAGAAGGGGGACCUGCCCCGUGCUAGGGUUUCGAGGCCGGCUUCCUGGAGAAAGGAAGGUCUGAAGAAACAAAGCAGAACCCCAGCUGCCGGGAGACUGGACAGGGACCCAGGUGAUGAACCUGGGAUGCAACGUGGGGAUGUAACCCCAGGGAUGAUCAAAAGUCUAAGUGACUGGAUAAGAAGUGGGGGCCAGAUCCACGAGAACGGCAAGUUCUGGGUCUCCAGCACAGGUCCCCCCCUUACAGGGUCUUAGAGGUUUGGGGCUGGUUUGAGUGUGUGGGUGUGGCUGAGGGUACCCAGCUACAGUGACAUGAGGUAGAAGUGGGCAGCUGGGAGCCAGGCAGCAUAUUACGUCACGGAGGGGGUCGGCAUCAGAGCAAAUGCCUUGGAAGGGUCUGGAAUGAACCACUGCUGCCUUUAUGAGGGUGCCUGGCAGGAGGUUCUCUGAGAGGAGAGGCUCCCCCGACCACCAGCCCAAGCUAGGCUGGUAGAGCACCCACCCCUCCUGUCCUGCAGGCAGCCGCGGAGGGAUCCAGGGUGCACAGGAUUCCUGCCACUGAGCACCUACUCGUGCCAGGACAGGGCCAGGCUGCUGCCAUAUAUCCUCACAUGUGAUGUAAUGAGAGACCCAGAACCUCUAGGCCCAGGCAGCAGGGACGAUGAGCUGCUGGAGCAAUCGUGAUGCCUAAGGACCCAGAGGCUUCAAGAAUCCCAAGUCAUCUUCCCAGAGGGGAAAGGGGAGGGGUUGCUGAGGCCAAGGGGCUGGAAGGCAGCAAAGGUCUAAGGUGAAGGAGUGCCAAGCUGACCCCGGAACAGAUGAGUCAAAGGUAUGUUUUUUGGGCUACAAUCCCAACUACCACACUCAGCCCAUAUUACAUGUGAAUUCGACUUUGUAUAAAAGAAAUUAAAUCCACCCCAACAGACCAUUUGUGUGGCAUCCACGGUCUCACCCCUCCUGAGAUCAGGCCUUUCCUCAAAUCUGUGUCUUUGUCUGUGCCUGGGAGAGCACACUCCCAGUGGCCUUGAGGGGCAAGCCCCACUCCACAGCUUCUCAGAUGGGUCACUCUUACCCACCCUCCCCCUCCACCCAAGAAUCUCGUGCUUGCCGGGCUCAAUCCACUUCCGGUGCUCAAGGGAGAAGGGAGAGCAGGGUGUUUUUGUUUUGUUUUGUCUUGUUUAAUUAAGCCAAUGGCCCCAACCCAUUAAAGACUCAUGUGUCUGUUCUUUUUCUUCACAGUUAGAAACCAAGAAGGAAUGUUGGGUAUAAAGACAAAAGGGCGUCCACAUAGGAGAUUAAUUUAAGAAGUGCGUAUUAUACCCAUAUUCUUAUUGGGGCCGACUCCUUUCUGGGGGUUUACAGCCAUCCUCCAUGCACACGGGGACCCCAGAGCCGUGGAGAGGGAGGUGUCCAGCCCCCUCUUUAUCCAACACAUUAGUAACAUAGCAAAGAGUGCUGCCCCGGGGGAAAAACACAAUUUUCUAGUUCCAUCAAAAGGAUUCAUGGAGUAAAAAAGCAAAUAUAAUAUUCUAGUGGAACAGUGAUAGCUUUCUGCAAAUAUAAAUACAAUCUUCAAGAUGAAAUAUAUCUUCCUUCCGCAGCUUGGUUCUGUGCGGUCGUUCACUCUAAGCAGCAUCUAUUUUCCUUCCUCACGUCAUACACCCAGUUCAGAACCUAAAAUAAUCCACGUUGAUAGAAAAUGAAGGGCAGACAAACCAGAGAGACUUUUCCUUCAUUGUGAAGUGCUUACGUUUGGCAAGACUUGCCUCAUAAACCCUGCAACAUGAAUGAAAGGGAUUUUGAGAAAUAUAUUCUAUUUUUCUGAAAUAAACCAGCGUUUUGCAUGUA